CAGCCUGAUGCACUUUCAGGUUAGGGCAGUCAGCAGACGCCUCUCCACUCUCCAGCAGUCAACACCCGUCCGGAUCUGUUCUCCAGGAUGAAGUUGAUCAUUGAUAUGGACACCGGGGUGGAUGAUGCUCUGGCCAUCAUGGUGGCCGUUGCGGCCCCUGACGUGGAGAUCCUGGGGAUCACCUGUUGCCACGGCAACACCCCCCUGGAGAACGUCAUCAAGAACACACUGCGUGUCCUGAAAGUCUGCAACAGGCUGGAUAUCCCAGUGUAUCGUGGCUGUGCAAAGCCCCUACUGGCCCGUAAGCAACAUGCCGGAGACUACCAUGGGAAGGACGGACUGGGAGAUGUCCCAGAUCCGGACGCUCCAGGCCUGGAGCUGCUGAAGAAAAAAGCUGUGCAGGCCAUGAUCAAGAUUGUCAAUCAAAACCCUGGAGAGGUGACUCUAGUGGCCACGGCCCCCCUCACCAACCUGGCUGUUGCAGUCCAACUGGACCCUAAUUUCCCUAAGAAACUGAAGGCACUCUACCUGAUGGGGGGAAACAUUAACUCCAGGGGUAACACCACUGCAUGUGGAGAGUUUAACUUCGUGGCUGACCCUGAGGCGGCCUACAUCGUGUUGGACCGCUACACCUGCCCCACCUACAUCGCCUCCUGGGAGUUCAGCUGCAGGAACAGCCUGCCGUGGUCUUUCUAUGACCAGUGGCUGGCCCAAAACACAGAGAAGGCUGAAUUCUUUAAAAAGAUUUCCAACCUUUCAAUGACGAAAGCGAGGUCAGCGGAAUAUCAAAAGGAGACCACAGAGGGGAAAGGGUUCAAUUCCUGUGACACCUACGCCAUAGCUGCAGCCAUCGACCACACGAUUAUAACAGAGAGUGAGGAGGUUGCUGUGACGGUGGAGCUGGAGGGGAAAUACACCCGAGGCAUGAUGGUGCUGGACUACAUUGAGCAGAUGAAGAAGAAACAGAAGGCGGUCAUCAUUAAGAAAGUCGACUUGGAGAAGUUCAAGCAAAUGCUCAUGAAUUCUCUGAAGUAGAAAGGUGCGGUAACGAGCCAAAGGCCUGAAUCUGGUUCAUCAAAAUAAAUAAAAAUGGCUUCUCUGAUUAAAUGAUCAACCAUGUUUAAAAGUUGUUCUUCUCAUUGUUUUUCAUGAUCUAAUCCCACUGGUUGUGAUGGAGAGUAAUCUUAAAUCUUAAACUGCUUUCAUGCAGUUUGGUGAAGAGCCUGUUUCCUCUUGCAUUCUUUUUUUUUUUUACAAAUGAGAAAAUGAGCAGCUCUCAAGUUAUACAAUAUCUUACAUAAAUGUAUUUUUUCCAUUGUAAAUAAUAUUCAUAUUCCUCAUUAUCAUAUCAUUAUCAAUACUCACUUGUCACUGUUGUACCUUAUUUAUCUUACAAAUUCAAUUCCACUCCAAAAUGAUUAUUAAUUUUUAUUGUCAUUAUUACUUGUUUUUCUUUUUAAUGGCCAAUUUAGAGUCGCCAUACCAGAGCACCUGGAGACACGUGAUCAUGCCAUUUUUUUUUUUUUCAGCUAUAGAUUCCUCACAUUGCAUCCGCAUCAUGAUGUAAACCACAAAUAUUACUGUGAUACUCCAGCACCACGAUGUGAUCACGUCCAGUCACCCAUUACAGCAACAACAGUGCCACUGUGAGGGUUUAACAUGUUACUACAAAAUCUUGCAUUGUAUAAAAAAAAAAAAAAACCCUCCC